AUGAUAAACUUGAAACAGUUCACAACAACGAUCAGUAAAGGCAAGGGUUCAGAAGAAGAGGCACACCAUUUUACCACCGAAACCGCCACACUGGGCCGAGAGACCGCCACACUGGGCCGAGAGACCGCCACACCGGGCCGAGGGACCACCACACCGGACCGAAAGACCACCACACCGGGCCGAGAGACCACUACACAGGGCCAAGAGAGCACCACACCGAGCCGAAAGACCACCACACCGGGCCGAGAGACCACUACACAGGGCCGAGAGAGCAUCACACCGGGCCGAAAGACCGCCACACGGGGCCGAGAGACUGCCACACGGGGCCGAGAGACCACCACACCGGGCCGAGAGACCGCCACACGGGGCCGAGAGACUGCCACACGGGGCCGAGAGUCCACCACACCGGGCCGAAAGACCACCAGUCCAGGCCGAAAGACCGCCACACCGGGCCAAGAGUCAGCAAGUAAAAUCCUGGAUCAGAAGUCUGUGUUAAACUGAGAUUGUGCAUUUCAAAAGCCCCUACACACUCACACCAUCCCAUCAUCCUUAACCCUCUCCACGAGAUGCUGAAGAUCAAUGAGUUGAAUACCAGCACAAAACCCAUGAUAUAUCGGGACAGAAAAUGUAGAAGAUGCCAGUUAAAAGGAGCACUGAAGUUCUGGGCAUGUAGCAAAGCUUCGGCCUACAGGGGCAUUUAUUGUUAGAUGGAUUUUCCUGUGGAGGUGGGAACUUUUUGUGCU